AUGGCACUUCCACUCAUGAUCGGCGACCUCCGGAAGAGAGACUUCAACCGCACUGGGGUCUAUCCAUUGCAAAAGUAUUGCGCUACUACCAUUAGUACCAUGAGCAAUAUUCUUUGCAGCAUAACUGCAAAUUUAUUAGGAACGAAAAAAUGAAAUAUGAAUUUGUAAUGCUUAGGCUCUUGGUCUUGUGGUUAUGCCUAUUCAUGUGCUGUGACUGUCUCUGUGUCUGUGAUGGACGAGAAUGGAAUGACAACUCGUCUUUCAUGUUUGUUGCUGCGCACAGUGUAAUCAAUGUUCUGGCAACCACCAGCUGUAAAAAAUCCUCAGUGUGCGAUAAUACUUUUGCGCUGGAUUUCUUCGGCAAAUUCACCGGGAGACACUGGCUGGGCGGAAUCUCCGAUGGUUUCAAAUUCCUGCGGGUAUCGAGAUGAAACUUGCAGCAGCCAUCCCCACGACCUGAGUUAAGUAGUUUCAUCACGUUCUUUAUUAAGAGGGCUUGUAUUGAUUUUGCUGCAGUCUUCAACAUGUCCAUUUUCUUUCCCUCGGCCAGCUCGUUCUUGCAAGCAGCAUUCGAAGACGUCGAAAACACAACUUCGUUGUGCGUGGUCAUUUGGAACAUCACAGCAUGACAGUGCGCGGAUAGCUCGUCUACUUUCGCCUUUGAUAGUGGUUUUGCGGAAUCCUACACCGAGACUUCAAAGCGGAAAACGCGUUCAUCCAACCACGGAGAGGAUUGUGGAAAAAGACUACCAGACCGGAGCAACUUGCCUACUGCACCGACGUAUGCAUUGCAGAAGUAUCGACGUAGGACGUAGACCACAAUGAGAUGCAGUUUGUCAAGCUAAAACACAGGACUCAGUCUCAGACAUGAAAGACAAAGAAACGGACUUUGUCAUGUAUUAAUAUUGAAAUAAUAGUGAUACCACCGCUAGCUACGUCGAUACUUUUCCAGAGGAUAGACCGCAGUCAUUGGGGACUUCGGCAUGGCGACCAGCGUCGCGCGGGUUCCGGGCGAAGACGGUAACAGUCCGCGGUCCGGGGCCGGGACAGCGGACUACUUCCCCUGGGAAGGCUCGGACUUCAUCAAGCGGAGCGACGGGCAUAUCAGCUGCAAAAGUACCGCGCAGCUCGUAGCGAUUGCGAUGCUUCCGCAUGAAAACACUUGACAUGACCAAAAUGUAAACCUUUGACUUAUAGCAUUUUUGAAAAAAUAUGCGAUGGCUACCAGUCGAGCGAUGCUUUUGCACAGGAUUGGCUAGGACGCACUACAGCUGAACAUCAACUACGAUCUCCCGUCGGUCUAUCCAAGAAAAAACAAGAGCCAUCCCCAUCCAAUUAUUUGUAUUUGUCAUGCAAAACCUGCCCAAACUUCAGUACUUCCUUGUCAUGCAAUCAAAAAAUGGAUGAGGAUUGUUGUUUUUUUUCUGGAUACCUUCGGACAGGUCAUCCUUGAAUGGCUUUGCGAAGUUGACACGCUCCCCGCGCCGCCUUGUGGCGACGGCCAGGACUCGUCCUUCAUUCGGGAAGUGUGCAAACCGAAGCUCGCGGAAUGCGUCGAGGACGAGAUCAAGACGGGAUAUUCGGACUUUGAGCGGUUGCUGAUGCUGGGGCUGCGCGCGAUUGUCAAGGCCGGACCGGGAGAAGAAUGCGAGCCGAAGAAAGUUACAGACGCACGCGACAGCUACAACCUGGCGCUAGCAGAGCUUGAGAUGUUUGACCACCAGAGCAAGCUGGCAGAAUUGUCGGCGAAAAUAACGGCAGCGCAGGUGAAGGGGAAGAAGAUCAGUGAUGCGGAAAAGGUGAAAACCUUUGAAAAGGAUCUCAAGACAAUUCAAAGCGAUUACAACAAGCAGGUCAAGAAGCGUGACAAACUCGAAAACGCACUGGAAAAGGAGGUAGAGGAGUUCAAAAAACAGCAAGAAGAGGACUACAAGCAGUUUGCAGAGCAGGCAGAAGAAUUGGUGCAAAAAGCAAGGAGACAAGACGCGGCUUUGACAGAGAUCGCGUUGAGCAUGCUCCAGUUGAACUGGAAGGUAUCUCACAGAAAGAGCUAGUCGUGCGUCCUCUGCAUCAUAUCUGUGAUGCAAAAGAAGUGCAAACUUACGCACCUGCUUCUGCUACUAUUAAACCUGAGGUAGAGGACAUCAAAGAAUAAAGUGACGCCAGGUACUGGGCAUUGUCUACUGCAUUCGAAUUGCCGUGUCAUGCGAGACAGUCUUUCUGAUUUUGUUGAGUUUCAAAUGCAGAAUUUGAUGUGCGCAUCACAAAUAUGGCGCGCUACUGCUAGCUCUUCUUUCUGGGUGGAUAACGAGAUCGCCGGAUCUACAGCAUCGACGAGAUGCUGGACAUAAUGCUCGCCAGGGCUACGCAACACAAAUUUACCGCACUUAUGCCACCACAGCGUACAAAGCGCAUGACAAAAAGCUUUGAUGUGAACGCAAAUAGAAAUACUUACAAAGCUGCAGGACACCGUUACUUCUAAUGCCGUCGAUGAGGAUUCGUCAUGCAGCACUCCAACCGUCGCUAUUAGCACGUCCAGGUUGUUGUAGGCGGUAAAUUUCUUGUGGAUAAGACAGGAGAAGAAAAAAGAAGUAGAAAAACUGCGGGAAGCGGAAGAAGUGGAAAAAAAGGAGGCCGAGGCGAAGGCGAAGCAGCAUGGUGGUGUAGCAGUCCAGGACAAGGAGGAUGAUUUGCUAAAGUCAGAAAAUGAAAUCGAAAAGCAGCAGGACAUCAAGGUCGCUGACGAAAAGGAAGAAAAAUCGAAGACGAACAAGAACACUGCCGGGAAAAAUAAACAGGAAAAACUACUUCGGCAGGAGGAUGACGACGGCGGCUCUCACGGCGAUGAUGCAGACGACGGAAAAAAUCUCGUGGAACAUCACGGUGGUGUCCUGGUUCCAAAAAAGUACGUCGAAAUCGAAAAGUACUCCCACGCUGCGUUUUUCCAGGCAAUGGGCCCCAUACACAAUCUGGACUGUUUUGCCAACCACUGCAACGGCGCGCUCCCGGACGUGUCCUGCCCAAAUGUCGGCGCGGCGAUCGGUAUGCAUUCCAAAUAUGUCUGGGUCUUGAAGUUUGCAACUUGUGAUGCUGUCUUUCGAUUCCAAAAAAAUCUGUAUUGCAUGACCAGCAACAUAGGAGUCCAGUUUGCGUUACGCGGAGAGGGCAUUUCUCAUGCGGAAAUAAGUGACGUUAGGAAGCCCUCUGAAAAUCUGUGUUGCUAGAUCAUGCAUUACAGGCAUCAUGCAUCAUUCUCAUACAAAAUAUGCAUGACAAACCUGGCAAUCUUCCAGACCCAGACAUUUUUGCACUUGAUGAUCGGGCAGAAGGUGCAAAUCACGUCGGAGCCACGGCUGCCGCUGUCCGACUGUGCGAACGAACUGGCUACGCUGUACAAAUUCCGCAGCGGUUUCAAUCCCGUUUCCUCGCAAGAGCAGUUCCGCGACUUCGAUGGCGGACAUUUUUUAGAGUCGAACAUCACGAUGCGCGAGCAGGAUGAUGUGGGUUUUGUGGCGGACAUCCAGCCGCGGUCACGGCAGGUGGACGUGGAUACGAUAAUCGAAGACGAAAGCAAGCCCUGGUUUGCCCCGGACUUCCGUUUUGACUACUGGAAAGCGCUAUGGAUGUGUCGGGAUCGAAAUCGACAAAGUUGAAGGGAUUUGCCACGCAUAAAAGCAAUGCAGCCCACAGCCUGCGUGCCUUGCAGAAUAGGCAAAGAAGGCAUGUAAGUAAGCCUUUUGAGGGAUAGAAACUGAGCUGCUAAAGUAGCAUGACAAAAGGCGUCUUCCUUACCAAAACAGCAUGACAAACUGAAUUGCGGUUGUGCCCAGAUUUGUUAUGCGUCACUUGAAAACUGGGUUACAAAUAGCAUCCGUUUUAUGCGUGGCAAAUCAUUUCAACAACUUUGUCGAUUUCGAUCCUGACAGAGCCAUAAGCGCCGAAGGAGAAUUUAAGCCGAGAGUUCGACGACCUGUGGUCCAUAUCAAAUGCAAAUGUGUCUGGGUCUGGGAGAAAGCAACUUGUGAUGCUACAUGUGGUUUCCCAAAAAAUCAAUCUGUAUUGCAUGAGAAGCAAAGGGAGUGCAAUUUUUGCUACGCGGAGAGGGGAGUUGUCAUGCGGAACGAAUAGGCAUCAAGAACGAAGCAUUCCAAAAAACUCUGAUGCUGUGGCGUGGAUUACAAGAUCAUGACUCAUGCAAAACGUGCAUGACAAGUCUCAGAACUACCUUCCAGACCGAGACAUAUUUGCAUUUGAUAGUCUGCCAUAGUCUGUAACCUGACAGAGGGCGACGAAGACCAAGCCACUGACCUGAUGGUUCAGUGCGGUCAAAACUGGCUGACGGAGAUGGUAAAACACCAGACCCUGUCGAUAGAUACCCGGGACCCCGACGUUUUUUGCGACGCCCUGUUGCCGUUUUGCGAAAGUUUGGAUGGAGGAACACUGGGUGGCCGCCGCGCGGGAAGAAGUGGUCACCAGGAUCAACAUGCAUUUUUCAAUAGCCCCUCCAACAUGUCUGCUGGUGGAUUUUUCAACUUCCCUGACAACCUGAAAUCAAAUUCGCAGCAACCGCAUCGCAAUCCCAUCAAUCCGAGAAACGCGAUUUUCGGUGUGGCGGGCAGUUCCUCGAGCGCGGCAGCGGGUAGUAGCAGGAAUGCUAUCGACAUAGCUGCAGCUGGAGGUUCCUCUCUCCUGAGGCAAAACAAUGACAAAGACCUCCUGGCAAACAAAACUUCCUCGUCGCUGCAAAACAAUCUCUCGUCGAAGAAGCCCGGCCUUGCUGAAGUCUCCAAUAAAGAACACCCAGGUGGUGGUGGAGCACCCGCCGGGAUUCUGAAGCGGCCGGGACACAAACACGACGAGAGCAACAAAGAUCAGCAAGACUUCGACCCCGACGGACUCCUCCUCCAGCAUCAAAUAAAACAUAAUACUCUACCGGGCGCCGGUGUAGCUGCAGCAGGAGCUGGCUCUUCGAAUUUGUUAGUCGACGACAAAAAAAAUAUAAAUAAACUAAAGCCGUCGAAAGAGAAGGAGGUGCCGUUCAUGGGGAAGAAAUCGAACCAGAACAGCGUGCAAGAAACCGCAGCCGGUGGAUUACUAGGGCAAUCCGGUGAGAUGAAAAAGCGGAACAAGGGAGUGACCUUCAACGACGCCGACAUCUACGUGCAUUCACAACAACAAGAACACCAGGACGGGCCACCAGGAAGCAAGACGCAGCAGGGCUUCUCUGACAGCAACAACGCGAGUGGUGCAGCUAGUAGUCGUGGCACUAGUAAUCUCCUGACGAGCAAUCCCGAGGCAACCUCUGGGACCGACGCUGAAGCUUUGAAGAACAAAAUAUCUUCCACAAGCAGUGAGAGCUUGUCUGCGUCCUUUCGAUGAACAGUUUGGAAGUUUUGAUGGUUUUGCGAUUCUUUUCUUCUCCACGGUCGCCAUAGAUCGCUGGUGCUAUCAUGAAUUUUUUGUAGUAGAGAUUCGAUCUGUUUUGGAAAGAAUUCUAAAUACAUCUCGGUGGAGGUGUUGCUGUAUUGCUCUCGAAAAAUAACAUUCGGACGCAGACAAGAGAUUUUGAUUUGCGCUGCAUAGCACGACAAGAUGAAGAAGCAAAAACUAAACCCAGCGGACGCGGGUGAAGGUCCCUUCGGUACCGAGGACAAACAACAACAGGAGCAGAACAAGAAAAACUCUUCCUCCAAACAGGCAGGAGCGGUUGGAUCCGCUUUAUCAGCAAGUAGCAGCGACAAUGUUCUUGCAGCCAUGAACAACAGCAAAAACAAAGCCGCGGAGGUGACUGCAAAAUCACACCAGAAUGAGGGAAAGCAAGAGCAGCCUCUCGCCCUCGGCGGCACCGCUAGUGCCAAGAAGCGCAAGAUAGACGAAGAGCAGAAGAUGAACAAAGACAAACUCACAGGAGACUCUUUAUCGAAAGCGGCUGCACCACCACCACCACAACCAGCUCCAGCUGGUCCCUCUGCUGCCGCUCCGGUCCGAGACUACGUCGUGAAGGAGAUCAGUCGUAUUCCCUCGAAGGAACUGGCUUCGCGCAAACCCAACAAGAAAGAGGACUACUUCAUCUACCGAUCCGGGAACGGGGAAAUGAAGAAACUCUUCCUCUCGGACAUUAUCGACAAAAAGGAAUACGAAUUUGUCGAGAAUUAUGGACGUGUCAGGAUUGAAAUCAACAAAGUUGAAAUAAUCUGUGAUGCAUAAAAUACAAGGCACGAAAAGACUGUCUUGCAGGGAUUGCAAGUGAGGCCGAUUGUGAGCCUGUUUCGGGUUUGGGAUGGAGCUGCUAAAGUGGCAUGACAAAGGAUGCCUUCUUUCGCUAAAAAGCAUGACAAACUGGAUUUUGACGGUGCCGAAAUUUGUCAUGCACCGCUUAGAAAUUGGGCGUCCAACUGGUAUCGAUUUUAUGCAUCACAAAUUUUUCAACUUUGACGAUUUCAAACCUGACGCUUCCAUAAGCAGAACGGGGGGCGGGCCGAGAACCAGCAGGGAAUAAUCGAAAUCGAUUUGGUGACCCGUGAGGACAAAAACGACGAGAAACUGAACGACCUGCGGAAGUGGAAUAGGGACAUGUGGACCUCUGUUUGGAGAGGGAAACUGCAAAAGUCGGGAGAUUCGGUACUGAGCAAAAUCGAAGACAAAAGAUGGGGUCAUCAGCAGUUCAUGGCAGUGAGGAGAAGGGAUGUGCAAGAUCUUGCUGAAGAAAACAGCAACGUGCGCCAGGUGAGGGCCGAAGGUGCACACUUUUCGAUUAACAUCGACGAGUGGGACACACUUUUCGAUUAGCUGGCGUUUCUCAUUCUUUACAUUUACUACUAACUUUCAUCCAAUACAAAUAUUCGUCGUUUGAGUUUUCAUCAGUGUGGUUUUUAGAUUCAGUUGUCGAUCAUCACGCGCAACGGAAACCUCGGGUUGCAUCAGGUUUGUGCUUUUGAUGUAAGUAUUUCAUUUUCUAGAGAUGGGGGUGUGAAGUAGGUCGACGUCGCUGCUUCGCAUUUAUCUCUUUUUUCAAGAUCAACUCGAAGAUCAUUCAAACGCUAGAAGCGUGGUCGAUGAUGUAAAUGUAGCUCAUGCCAAUCUUUGUGUAACUAGGUACUGGAAAAAAAACGUGGAAAAGAAAUAUAUAUUCGUGUACAAACAACGACCAGAGCCAGGCUACUUUUUUGAGAAAUCGAAUGACAGUGACUCUUGGAAAACAACUACCAAUAGCAAUAGCUGGGUCCACUUGAUGGCUCAGUGCAAAACUGCAAGUCUGUCUAGUACUAGUUCAUCCACAGUCAGGGUUUACAACGUGAAUUUUAUCGAUUAGAGCUUUCCUACACUCACUAUGUUGCAUUCGGCGAAAUAAAGGAACGAGCUCAACCCUGUGAAACUCGUUUCAGCAACGAAAUAUUUUACCUUCAUCUUCGUCAGAUUUUGCAAAUUUUCAAACCAAACGGAAAAACAUAUGCGCUCAAAGUUUAUUUUACUAGUAGAGCUAGAGCUGCUCGACAUACAGAUAGAGUACGUGCGAACCUCCUGAGAAAAACGCAAUUUUUUGUCCUGGCAAUUCGAUCGACAUCGAAGCGCAACGACAAAGAAACAGGUCUAUUGAUAUGCCCACAACGAUAACCUCCAGAAGCCACAGGACUGUUGCGAGGCUGCGUAAGUAACCACGACAAGGUUUUGGCGAAGGCGGAAACGUGAUAGAGCAGUUACGUUUACAACUCACACGCAGCUAUGCCUUUAUUUUUUUCCCAAAAGUAGAUGCAGGACCAAAAA